GAAUGUCAAGAGGCUCUCGGUAUGGAGAAAGGAGCGAUCUCUGACGGGCAGAUUAGUGCUUCGUCACAGCUCAAUGCCAACCAUGAGGCCAGCCAGGGUAGACUGAACUUGAAAGGAUCUUGGUCAGCUUACGCUAAUGACGCAAAGCAAUGGCUACAGAUUGAUCUAGGUAGCAAUCGUCUCACUGUCACACGGGUGGCAACUCAAGGAAGUAAUUUCCAGAGCCAGUGGGUAAUAAAUUACACGCUGAAAUACAGCGACGACGGUCUUAAUUUCCAGUUGUACAAACAACAAGGACAAAGUGAACACAAGGUUAGACACCUCUGCAGACUUUUACAUUGUGGGGAGUUUGUUACUUUUUUAAAGAUGUGAUUCUUGCUUGUCAAAAACAGUACAUACAGCAAAUAGUUGACCGAGGAAGCAAAAUAAAGUUCAGUAAUCUGUUUCACUGCAUGUAACCCUCAAACCCAAAAAAUUAAUUAUCAAAGUAAUGAUCUUGUACGUUUUGAGAUCUUGUGCAUCCUUUACCCCUUCGUUAGUGAACUGUACUUUAUUUUCUUCGUCAUUUCGUUCACCAUACUUAAUUCCUCAUUAAACUCCCUCUAAGCAGUCAGUCGGGGUGAGUGAGGCUAAUAAAAGUUUCCAGCACCAAGCAAACAAGAAGGGGGUUCAUUUGGGGUCGAGGAUAAUUUGUGGUCCGUUUUAGCCAUCCUUUCCCUUUUGGGGUGUUGUGGUCGGGGCUCAUUUGCUGUACUAUACAGUUCCCCUGUUCCUCAAAAUAAUUUUGAAAUUCACUGUUUUCUAAAAGUAUAAAUUUUAAUUCACUUGUUCCCAAAAUCCAAUGCUGUUAGCGUUUCGAAGUUUCAAACACAUAGAGUUGUAAUGGGGCAGGCCUAACCUAUUGCAGAACCUGAAAAGGCAUCAGGGUAACGCGUAAAGAAAAAUGGUCGGUAGUUCUUUGGAAGGAAAAAAACGGCUUCAGGCCCCAGUCAACUCACAACCAAGUCACAACCGACUGCAAUAGACCAGAGAAGCAGCAAAAUUGUCAAACAAUAGAAGUCUGACAGUACAAUGCAAAAGUUUAUUUGAAAAUGAUAUUAUUUUAAACUAGAAAAUCAAUGUCCCCCUGUUACUGGAAAGACUCAGCCGUUAACCUGUUCUCUAGAGGUCAUUUCAGGAUACUUCUUGUUUCGCCCUAAAAGUAAAUGGACAAGCUCCCUUUUGGUCGCCAAAACCCCCGCUCAAAUUUCAUAUUCAUAGUGUAUGUUUUAAAAUCCCUUGUAAAAAAGUACGAUAAUCGAGUUAAAAACCCCUCCAUACUAUCACAACAUCAAUAAUAUUCACCAGAAAACACUAAAUUUUCUCCAAAUGAUUCCACUUCUCAACCAAAGACAAUCAUAUUUGCAUGACUACAUGCUACUAUGAACAGCUUUCAUUCGCAUCAGAGGUUACGUCUAGGAGUGCAGGGACCAGGGUGUUCUGCAAUUCAGUACCUGGUGAAACAAAAUGUCAUCCUUUCGAUUUUGAAUAGCAGGCAAAUGGCGCAAAAACCGCGACGAAUUGUCCAUCUAAGUGCUGUUUUUUAUUUUCUUUUUUUGACCUGCUUCAGGUGUUUGUUGGCAACACAGACGAGAAUACUAUCGUUUAUAACGAACUCAAUGGGUCGAUUGUAGCACGCUACACACGUUUUCAACCAACAGCUUGGCAUAACCAAAUAUCAAUGAGGGUGGAACUAUAUGGCUGUAAAGGUACUUUUCAUUGGUAACGUCCCUCUUUUGUGGAAUUAGGAAAAAAUACAAACAAAUCCUUGUUUAAUUUAUCACUUUUGGUGGCCUUUACUACUGUAUUGCCAAAUAAAUAUUAACCGUCAUGGCUUUUCUUGACCGCUGAAGAAACCUAUUCAAUUUCCUAUAUUGAAUUAGGUUUCUCCUAAGUCAAGAAACCUUUAAUUCUGAUACUUUGACUUCGGCGUAACUUCAUAGAAUGCCCAAGAUAGAAAAGAAGGAAUUCAUGACUCACGUUGUUCCUAUGCAUUGUGGAGACCCUUCCGGAAAACAACAAACAAUAACAAACAAACAAAAAUAAAGUUCUGACGAACUAAGAGAUAUUUCAUCUCAACGCUUUGUUAUUGAGCGUAUAUGUUGUGGUUCAAUUUUUUCCUUGGUUUAAAUUUCAUUUUCCUUUGUUUUAAACUCGUUAUGAUACAUUACCAUACCCCCAAACAAACGAAAAUAAAAUUUAAACCAUGGAUAACAUUGAACAACAAAAUAUACAUGCCUUUUUCUGUCGCAUUUAAAGAGUCCUAGGUCUACUUUAAAUGCUUAUGAUUCUAAAGAUUAUAAAGGGCCGCGGAAGAUCGAAGUAUAAUGAAAUCGAGAGUAGCUUAUUGGAGGUUUGUUUGAUAUCGCCAUCUUUACUAAUGGAACGAACCGAACUUGUUCGUUUUGUUAGGAAACCACGUAUACGGCCGCUGGUUUCUAGAUGGCAGUGAUCCAGAUGUGGGGUAAGUUGGGUUAUAUAUGUCUUGUUUGUUCAAGGUUUGGUGCGGGGAGGGGGCGGACAUGUGGCGUUUUAUGCCCUACCCCUAUUUUCUUAUUUCGCUUCCCCUCUUAACUUUCUCUAACUCUUAAAUAUAUUUUCUGAUUUACCAUUCUCUCUUGAGAAUGGUUUCAGUAUCGCCUCAAACUUAUGCAUUUGCCUUUCCGACUGCUGCAGAUGGCAUUACACUCAUAGUGUUAACUGGUUAAAUUUUUGUCUUAUAACGUAGGAUUCGAGAGUAAAAUAGUGGCUUGCAUGUUCCUAUGACAGGUAAUUCUUUUAUUCACAGCUAGAUUCCAUUCAUUGGUUUUUGUGAUCUUACAGGUAUUUUGGUACUGUUAACCAUACUAAAGGCUGGUGUCCUGGAAGCAAAGCAGCGACUUUCAGUCAGAAUAGUUCGUAUGCUACUGUGCCCAACAUUAACAUAACAACCUGUGACUUUACAAUUGCUUUUUGGGUAAAGUAUAUUGGUGUUGACGGGCCUAUACUGGCACUUUGGUCAAAGGGUGGAAAACUAUUUUACGUGACGGUCAAGAAUUCCCGACUCAUUUUAUCGAUACACAACGCUUUCGACUUACAAAUCAAUUACUGGAAUCACGUAGCAGUAACCUGUCAGCUGCACAAGAUCAAGGUGUUCGUUAAUGGUACGGAGGAGGCAUUGAGGGACGAAUGGGAUGAAUAUUUCUUCUCAUCGUUGGGCCGUUAUCAGUCAGAGUAUAUCAUAGGAAAUGAUCCAGAUUUCGUCCAGAUGCCAAUGGCAAGUGGGGUGUUUGUUGGAGCAGUCAUGGAUCUUUAUGUGACUGGAAUAGCUUUAUCUGGGAGGCAGGUCUAUGACCUGAGUAAAGGUGAGAGUAGUAUAGAGGUCAGUUGGAAGUUAAAAAAUUGA